UGAGGAUGCAGGUGAGGGUGAGGGUGCAGGUUUGAAGGGCCAUUGGUUCCUGCAUUUGAGAGUUGCUGUUCCCUAUCGCGCCUUUCCUUUUCCUUUUUUGGUAACCGUGUACAAUUUUCUGAUCCAACCCCAGGAAAGGUCAACACGAGAAUUAUAGGGAUAGCAAAAUAAAGCCAAAUGACUAAGUGCGCUUUUCCAUGGUAUUUUAAUGUUGAUGCCAAAACAAUAUGUGUAAAGCAUAUGAAGAAAAUACAGCAAGCCGCUAAAACCUGUCUUUUAUUCACCUUUGUUAAUUCUUGACUGAUCUUCUCGUAUGUAUCACCUGAAUCAUCUUCAGGUAGGCGAUAUCUCCACAUAACCCGUGGUUGAAGCAUGUUGAUUUGUAUUUAAAAAUUGAGAUGUUCUUUGAGGAGGAUUCGCUGUAAAGUCGGAAUGGAAGGAAGGAGGAUGAAUUCGACGUCAGUCGGAAGGGAGAUGAUGGAUAACAUUGAAAUCAGUUACUCCCAUUCAAAGUCACCACCAUCUUUUUUUUUUAAUUUUUAAGAAUGAGUCCACCUGAAGAGGAUUUUGAGGAAACUGCUCCUCUAACGUCUGAAAUCCCUCCUCAGUAUGAAGAGGAAUAUAAUAGACGUCUUUGGCAAAGCCUACUAAAGAGAUAUAACGAUUUGGAGUCACUCUUAAGAAACGGGUUUUUGGUUCUUUUAACAAUAAAUUGGAUCCCUUUCAUACUUUAUCUUAUAUGGAGAUACUCGGGCGACGUCUACGAGAGCGUGUAUAAGGGUUUUGCAUACUUGACAAUUAUUCCUUGCUUAAUUCUUGGUCUUGCCUGCUUAUUUUCCAUUAUUGGUUACUUGCAACCAAUUGUUAUCGAGUUUGAAGCGGAUUCGAUUCCUAUGCAAGAUUUGUCAAGAAAAGGUGAUACAGCGAAAAGGUAGCUUUACCAGUUUCUCAAGUUUAAUCCAAUCAAAGAAUUUUUUCUUACUGAGAUAUUAUAAAAAUUCCUCCCCUGUUUAAAAUAUUGCUUUUCCAAAAUGAUGCAAAUUCUGUCUGAAAAACGACGCUCCUAUUAAACGAUGACAUUUACGAAUGAUGCUUUCCAUUGUUUAGAAUAAGAAAAAGAUUUCGCUACUCUUGAGAAUGAAUGAUUUAACAAGACUCAAUCAUUUACGAAAUCUGCAGUUUGCAGCUACUUAUUACCUUGAUAUACUUUAGUUGACAAUGGGUUUUGUAAUAAAUCUAGUAUAUAUGGAAGGUGGAAUUUACAAGAGUAAAGAGAGAGAGAAAAAAAUUAUGACGGAUAACUCCUUAGUGCAUGGAUCAUCGAGUUUAAACACUCUCUUUUCCGUUUCAUAUGCGAAUUUGUCUUUGUACUCUCGCAAAUGUUUGUCUUCUCAUGACCAAAGGUAUAGCAUGAGUUCUUUUCUUAGCAUAUGCUUUUUAUUAUUCCAUUUAGGUAUUUUAUAUAAAAAAGGACAUGCAGACAAUACUAGAGAACCUGGUCUUUUUGCAUACAGAAGAACGAGCUAGACGGUACUGUAUGCGUUCCUUGUUUUCCUAAUGAUUUGAUCGAGUUUCAUGUCUUCCAACACUUGCCGUAAAUUAUACAUAACAUGUUUGUUCACUUCUUUCAGGUCUGAUUGAAAAGUCCUUUAUUUGAAGCUGGCUUUCUUGACACCAUCGUUCUUAACUACAGCCUAAUAAUGAGCUAUGGAACAGUCUCCGAACUUGAGUGAAUAUCUAUUUUCUGUAGAAGAGAAUGCCGAUAUCCCUACUACUUGAAUUCCCGUAAUAUUGUUCCCCUCGUAGUAUUUUUCAUUUUGUUCAACAGUGGUCCUACACUAUGUACACGCGAUUGAUAGGUGUCGUUUCUUAAUGCUGCACUUCAUAAAAAUUUUAUGAAUCGUCAAAGGUUGAGAACCGAAACUUGACAUUCGUAAAAGCUCUGACCUUGCAACGAAGGGAUAGCUAUAAUCUACGAGAACUCAUGAGAAUUUUCUGCUUAUUAUUUUUAAUCAGUAAUAAUAAUUUAUGGAAGCUAUCAUGUAUGUAAUAUGAAUUUCUUUCCCCUACCGGUUUUAUAUAUUGAAGAAGAAUACAUAAACAAGGAAUCAUAUUUACGCGUCUACUAAUCCGCAGAAUAUAUUAU